AUGUGUGAUUUCGUCCACUGCUUUACUUGUCUCAAAGUCUUCUUUUUAACGAGGCCGUUACAGCCAGCAUAUACGCGGAGCUUACGUCGUGCUGAACUUUCCGCCUUGCAAAUGUCGGUGCGGUCCUGUCUAUCUAUUCCUUUGAGCAGCAAUGCAGCUGUUUUGUAUGUGGAAAUGCUAAUGGUGCUGUUUUGGUUUGCAAUCCUGAUAAGAGCAGACUCCACAUCACCAAAACCACGAGCUAUUCGAAUAAUGCAAUCUGACGGUUCUGCUAUAGAUUACGUGAUUCAUGCAGAUGCUCCGAGAAGUUUGGAGAAAGCUAAAGCUUCUUGCCAACGUGAAGGGAUGGUGCUGGCGUCCUUUGAAAAUAAAAGUGUUGCUGCUGAUGUAGUUGGUCAGUUUCGAAAGCGUUAUUGUCCUCACUGCUUCACUGAUGCAUGGAUAGAAGGGAUAGAAGGCAUUGAAAGUGAUGACUGCACAUUCGUAUCGCUUUUGCGGGGUUCUAUAGGAGAUCCGAAUUACUGCAAGGAAACGGUACAUAGACGCGUCUGGCUGGACUUCAUCUGUUCUAAGAAAGUAGAAUUAUCGAGGAACAACGAAGUGAUGCUUAAUGUUUACUCAAAGAGCCACGUAGAGAAGAUUAGGAAUCGAGGGGAAAGAAGCUCAAGGGGAUUGGCGUAUCACAGCAAUGGUCACCAUCUCAGAGGCUUUGACAUAAUAAAAGUGUUUGUUGUUUACAUGUCAACCUCAAUGCCGCCGCACAUUCUACUUGGCGCAGCUCUCGCUUUGGUCUUAUGCAAUGGAGACGUCGUCUUUGGGCAUCGUUUUGUCGUCUGGAAACCAGCAGCACCAAAGAUGAUCCGUUUUGGCCACAAGGUAACUUACGAGGAAGCUGUGCAGGCAUGUAAAGACUCAAACAUGGAACUCGCAACGUUCGAGAAUGCUAAGGAGGCUGCAUCAGUAAUUCUAACCUAUCGUAAACUCUACUGUCCCUGGUGUAAUUCAAUGGCUUGGACAAGGGGUGCCAAAGACCAGCCCAGCAAACUCCAAUGCACCUUCGUCUCAUUGAUGACUGGAAAACUUGGAGGCCCGGACUAUUGUAUUGAUAAUCACUCGGGAAAGGUAACAAUAUGGAUGGACUACAUCUGUUACGAAAAGAUCCAAAAAGUGUCCGGGGCCGGUAAAAAGGUGUCUUUUUUUUCGCCGUGA